AUCGCGCCACUCCGGCAGGAAACAGGCAUAGAGAAAAAACAUGGCCGGCGGACUCCAGAAGUACAGGCAUUUGUCGCGCAGCAGCUCGCACCGUCAAGCUCUCCUCAGAAACCUCGUCACAUCGCUGUUCAAGAACGAGACGAUAUCCACAACAUGGCCCAAGGCUCAGGAAGCCCAACGAUUGGCUGAGAAGUUGAUUACUCUGGGCAAGAGGAACACGGAUGCCAGCAAGAGAAAGGCUCUCUCCAUCUUCUAUGAACCCCACUCUCUUAUCCCAAAACUCUUCGGUCCUCUACGCGAACGCUUCCUCAACCGUCCUGGUGGCUACACCCGUGUGCUACGCGUCGAGCCCCUCAAGGAAGAUCAAGCACCCUCUGCCAUUCUCGAACUCGUCGACGGCCCCAAGGACAUGAGAUUUGCCAUGACCGCCCGCACCAUCUCCCGCCUGCGCCGCGAAGGCAAGCCCAUCAACGACAUGACCGCCGGUAACAUCGCCAAGGUCACUCGUUUCCGUCCCGAGGGUGAGAAGGAGCUGGAAGACAUGGUCGCCAAGUUUGACAAUCUCGAGGCUCAGGGCGAACAUGGCUUUGAGAAGGUCUACAAGCAGAGGGUCUACCACGUUCCCAAAGCCUCGAGAUAGAUGCUGUUUGUUGACUGUACUGUUGCAUCUUUCUGUACAUUUUACUUCAUUGGGAUGGCGUUUAGGAUCGGAAACUACGACUGGGUUGAGAAGGAACUUGUACAAUCUGUAUCAACAUAAGACUAUAUUCAUGCCAUUCUAGCUCUCCUCUCGGUAUUCGCACUUGCUUGCUGCCGGUAGUCUGUCAGCAUGGAUUUCGUAAACAAGGU